GUCCCAUCCUCGAGACGAAUGGAAAGUAUCGCGUUAUCAGUCAACGCGGUUACGGAGUGAAAAUGUUGUUCUACUCAUUUUUCAAGUCGUUGGUGGGCAAAGACGUGGUAGUGGAGCUCAAAAAUGACUUGAGUAUCUGUGGUACACUUCACUCUGUCGACCAGUACUUGAAUAUCAAACUCACAGACAUCAGCGUUACUGAUCCAGAGAAGUAUCCGCAUAUGUUAUCAGUGAAGAACUGCUUCAUCCGUGGAUCGGUGGUGCGGUAUGUGCAGCUCCCUGCUGAUGAGGUGGACACCCAGUUGCUGCAGGACGCUGCCCGCAAGGAGGCCAUGCAGCAGAAGCAGUGAUCGCGCUAUGGGCGGGACACCGCUGCCUUCAGGCGGCUGAUGGGACUGUGGAUGUUUCUGAGUUUGGCCAUUCAAAGAUGACAGGUUUCAAAAAGCUGUGUUCUCCUAAACAUUGGUUGUCCUGGAUAUGGUCUCCCCAUUUUGCAGUCUUUGUGAGGAUUCAGUCUCAGAUGUGUUCCUUGGUUUGUUUUGAUUGAGUCAAUGUUGCUACUUAGAUGUUCUGUCUUGCCAGACCGGAUCCUAAAACCUACCUCAGAGCAACAGCAAUAUGGGUUGGCGCUUUUCACCAUUGUUAUGGUAAGAAUUAUGUAAAUGGCCCCAUUUUUUACCAAAUUGCUCUGAAACAAGACCUUUUGUUUUGCGUUUUGCAGUAGAUCCUAUCAAGACAAAUUGGCAUAUCUUUUCAAACCAAUGAUGCUUGUCUAAUCCAGCCCUCUCAUUAGUUCCUUUAUGAUUUUCUUUGCAAGUUACUUUUGCCUAAUCUGAUUUUUCAAAUGAAAUGGCACUGUCUAUCAAUGACGAGUUGGUUAAAAAAAAAAGAAAAGAAUUGAUCCCAAGUGUCUGCUGAUGAAAGCUUGCCACGGGUUUGCUAAUAAACUUGUAAAUAUUUAGAGAAACAUGAAUGUGCAAGAAAUUCAUAAUUAGAACGUAAAGCCUACUGGACUUAAUUAUUUAAAUUUAUUUCAGAAACCAGUAUGGAAACUGGCAAGGCUUUAGUUUAUACCGGAUCAUCAGCACAGCAAAUUGACCCAGGCUUGUUAAAACACAGGAAUAAUUUAACAAGGAAGCCAAAUUCUUAUUACACACAAUACUUUUCAAGUGUUUUUCUGUAAAGAUGGCUCAUUUAGUAGUUCACAUAGUGGGUUGUGGAAAUGUUUGAACAAGGUAUGCAAUCUUUAUUCACAUCUAAAGGUCAGGUUUAGGCUGAUAAAUUUUGAUGAGAGAAAUUGGUCUUGAGUUCCGUGCAACCAUUGUGGUAUGCCUGUUCUGCACUGUUAUAUGUUAAUGUAUGAAUCAUUUCCAGUUCCUGUAUUGGAUAAUUUUUCUGAUUUUCUUUUAGUUUGUUAAAAAAAAGGAAUAGUUUAGUUUUUCAGAGUACAUAUUUUCAUUUAAUUAAUCAUUGUGAAUCUGUGAUUCCAUUUUUUAUAUUUAGUUUAGCUCACCUGCAAGUGAUAUUAAUUUGAUCAUGGUUUCGAUAUGAUUUAGAAAUAAAGUGAAUUUUGUUCCAAUUAA